UAUGGCCACAAAAAGAAAGUAUGAGAGGAUUGUCGUUGAUGAUUAAAAGCCUGAUUUUAACGUGAUUAGAGUAGCUACAAAAGCUUAAUUAUCAAAUCAAGUCAGAAAAGCUUUAUGGCUUCUGUAAGGUACUCGUAAAGAAGAUCAACCUCCUGUUCAAGAUACAAUCUUCAUUACAGCUAUUGAAAAUGCUAUCUCCAAAGCUGUCAUUAUUGCUGAAGUUGUUAGAAAAAGAAUUGCUGGAAUAUAUUAAAUAAACAAAAUCUAGGCUGUUCAGAUCAAUGAAGAAUAUGAACCAUUGGAAGAAGGAUUAGUGAAAGUCAAAUUAACUAAAAAUUUGGCUUCCCUCCAAAUCAAAUUAACCAAGACACCAACUGAAUAAGACAGAAAAGAGCCAGGAUUCCUUGUAAAUAUAUUGUUUUAAUAUUAGGAACCCUUACCUGCCGACCAAGUCCAACCAACUAGAGAAAGAAAUGAUAGAUAAAGAAGUGGAAGCAGAAGACCAAGAAAUGAUAGUUAGAGAAAUAACAGAGACAGAAGAGAUAACAGAGAUAAUAGAGAUAAUAGAGACAAUAGAGAUAAUAGAGAUAAUAGAGACAGAAGAGAUAACAGAGAUUAUAGAGAUAGAAGAGACAAUAGAGACAACAGAGAUAAUAGAGAUAAUAGAGAUAGAAGAGAUAAUAGAGAUAGAAGAGAUAAUAGAGACAAUAGAAGAGAUGACAGAGAAAACAGAAGAGAGGAUAGAGACAACAGAAGAGAUGAUAGAGACAACAGAACAAAUGACAGAAGAGAUGAUAGAGAUAACUAUAAAAACAGAAGAGGUGAUAGAGAUAAUAAUAGAGAAGAUAGAAGAAAGAACAAUAAUCCAUAAAACGAAACAAACAAUGAAAGACCUGCAACAUAAACAUAAAAAAUUAGAGGAGCUCCUAGAACAACAUAAUAAAAUUGAGU